GUCCCCGGGAUGGGCGGGGCGCGGAGCGGCCGGGAAAGCCGCCGGAGCGCGCUGGGCAGGGUAACGCGCUAGCCUCCGCCGCCGCGUCACGGACCUGCCCGCCCUCCCGGCCCCUCCCCGCGCUCCGUUCCCUGCUCUCCCGCCCCCUGCGAGCGAGCGGUGACUUAAGCAACGGAGCGCAGCGAAGCCCAUUUUUCUCCUUGCUCGCAGCCGCGCCGGGCAGCUCGUGGCGCGGUGCCUCCGCUCCGGCCCGAGAUGAAUGCUGCGGCAGAAGCCGAGUUCAACAUCCUGCUGGCCACCGACUCGUACAAGGUUACUCACUAUAAACAAUACCCACCCAACACAAGCAAAGUUUAUUCCUACUUUGAAUGCCGUGAAAAGAAGACAGAAAACUCCAAAGUAAGGAAGGUGAAAUACGAGGAAACAGUAUUUUAUGGGUUGCAGUACAUUCUUAAUAAGUACUUAAAAGGUAAAGUAGUGACCAAAGAGAAAAUCCAGGAGGCCAAAGAAGUGUACCGAGAACAUUUUCAAGAUGAUGUCUUUAAUGAAAGAGGAUGGAACUACAUCCUUGAGAAAUAUGAUGGUCAUCUCCCAAUUGAAGUAAAGGCUGUUCCUGAGGGCUCUGUCAUCCCCAGAGGGAACGUGCUGUUCACAGUGGAAAACACAGACCCAGAGUGCUACUGGCUUACCAAUUGGAUUGAGACUAUUCUUGUUCAGUCCUGGUAUCCAAUUACAGUGGCCACAAAUUCAAGAGAGCAGAAGAAAAUACUGGCCAAAUAUUUGUUAGAAACGUCUGGUAACUUAGAUGGUCUGGAAUACAAGUUACAUGACUUUGGUUACAGAGGAGUCUCUUCACAAGAGACUGCUGGCAUAGGGGCCUCUGCUCAUUUGGUUAACUUCAAAGGAACAGAUACUGUGGCGGGAAUUGCUCUAAUUAAAAAGUACUAUGGGACAAAAGAUCCUGUUCCAGGCUAUUCUGUCCCAGCGGCAGAGCACAGUACCAUAACAGCUUGGGGAAAAGACCAUGAAAAAGAUGCUUUUGAACACAUAGUAACGCAGUUCUCAUCAGUGCCUGUGUCUGUGGUCAGUGAUAGCUAUGACAUUUAUAAUGCGUGUGAGAAAAUCUGGGGUGAAGACCUGAGACAUCUAAUAGUAUCGAGAAGUACAGAGGCGCCACUAAUCAUCAGGCCUGAUUCUGGAAACCCGCUCGACACUGUGUUGAAGGUCUUAGAUAUUUUAGGCAAGAAGUUUCCUGUUACUGAGAACUCAAAAGGCUACAAGUUGCUGCCACCAUAUCUUAGAGUCAUUCAAGGAGAUGGAGUGGAUAUCAACACUUUACAGGAGAUUGUAGAGGGAAUGAAACAAAAGAAGUGGAGUAUUGAGAAUGUCUCCUUCGGUUCUGGCGGCGCUCUGCUGCAGAAGUUAACCAGAGACCUCUUGAAUUGCUCCUUCAAGUGCAGCUAUGUUGUAACCAACGGCCUUGGGGUUAAUGUCUUUAAGGACCCAGUUGCUGAUCCCAACAAAAGGUCGAAAAAGGGCCGGCUCUCCUUACAUAGGACACCAGCGGGGACCUUUGUUACACUUGAAGAAGGGAAAGGCGACCUUGAGGAGUAUGGCCAUGAUCUUCUCCAUACGGUUUUCAAGAAUGGGAAGGUGACAAAAAGCUACUCAUUUGAUGAAGUCAGAAAAAAUGCGCAGCUGAACGUCGAGCAGGCCGUGGCGCCUCAUUAGGCUGUCUGUGGCCGGGUUGUUAUGUGUGCAGUGUGUGUACAAACAUGCGCGUAUGUGUGCGUCUGUGCGUGUGUACUAACAUAUUCGUUGUACAGAUGUGUGGGUUUGUGUUUAUGAUACACUGCAGCCAGAUUAUUUGUUGGUUUAUGGACAUACUGCCCUUCUUAUUUUUUCCCGGUGUUUAGAUGAUCUCAAAUUAGAAAACACUUAUAACCAUGUACAAGAUUAAUGCUGAAGUAAGCUUUUUAGGGUCCUUUGCUAAUAGAUAGUGACUCAAUCUGGUGUUGAUCUUUUCACAAAUAACAGAACCAAGAAAUUUUUAUAUAUAACUACAGAUCACAUAAAACAGAUUUGCAUAAAAUUACCAUGCCUGCUUUAUGUUUAUAUUUAACUUGUAUUUUUGUACAAACGAGAUUGUGUAAGAUAUAUUUAAAGUUUCAGUGAUUUAACAGUCUGUUUCCAACUUUUCAUGAUUUUUAUGAGCACAGACUUUCAAGAAAAUACUUGAAAUAAAUUACAUUGCCUUUUGUCCAUUAAUCAGCAAAUAAAACAUGGCCUUAACAAAGUUGUUUGUGUUGUUGUACAUUUGGAAAUUAUGUCAGGACAUAUACCCAACAGAGUUACUAACAUCACUGCCCUGGUAGAGUAUGCAGUAAUCAUUCUCCAUUGAAGAGAAUAAUGGUUCUUACUCGAAUGUUUAGGCAUUGUACAGUUCUGUGCCCUGGUCAUUGUAUUGUACCAGUGAUGCCAAAUCCCAAAGGCCUGUUCUGAAAUUUUAUAUGUCGGAUAUUGCCUGUGGCUCUAAUAUGCACCUCAAGAUUUUAAGAAGAUAAUGUUUUUAGAGAGAAUUUCUGCUUCCACUAUAGAAUAUAUACAUAAAUGUAAAAUAUUGAAAGUGGAAGUAGUGUAUUUUAAAGUAAUUACACUUCUGAAUUUAUUUUUCAUAUUCUAUAGUUGGUAUGACUUACAUGAAUUGCUGGAGUGGGUAGUGAGUGUACUUAUUUUAAAUGGUUUGAUUCUGUUAUAUUUUCAUUAAGUUUUUUUUUUUAAUUAAAUUGGAUAUUAAACUGUA